AUGGAAGACGACUCUUAUAUCCCGCUAGGCACUCCGCCGAUUCGGAAGCUCCCUUCUGGCGCGGCGCGCCAUGGCGGGCGAUCCGCAGGGGUUCCGCGCAAGCGCCGCCGCAUCCUCAACCCCGCGCACGUGGACGUCGUCGCUUCCCCCGGAGCCAGCCCCGAGCGGCGGCCUUUCGAGUCCGACACGCCGACUCGCAACGCGAUCGACGCGCUGAUCAAAAGCGCCCCCGGCGCUUCGGUUAGAAACGCGCCUGGAGCUUCGCGCGGGGAAGGUUUCUUUUCCGCGGAACAGACUGGCACGGGUCUGUUUUCCGGCCGCCGUGUGCUGUUUCCGGGCGGGGAGUUUGACGGGGCUGGAAGGGGGAACGGCGGGAGCGAAGUGGGGACGGAGGGGAAGGGUACCGAGGGAGUCGCGGGGAAGAACGCAUCGGGGGAAGUUGUUGGCGCAAUGGCGGGAUUGGCGGUUUACCGGCGACUGGCGUUUGGGGACGAGCGAGCGGAAGGGCGGGAGGGUAGCCGAACGACGCUCAAAGCUGAUGGUGAGGCUGAACGAGAAAGUGAGCAAGAGGAAAAAGCGGGAGAGGGCAAGAGCGAUAAGGCGGUAGAGGAGGAUGAGAGAGAGGUGGAGGAGGAGGUGGAGGAGGAUGAAUUGGAGCUAGAGAUAGUGUAUGCGGAAGAAGGUGAGGGGAGGAAGCAGAGAGAGGAGGGUGGCGAGGAGGAUGUGAGAGGAGAAAGCAAGGGAGAUGGGGAAGAGAAGGGUCGAGAGAAGGAGGUUAGAACGAGGAAAGAUAAGCUCAAGGUCUCAGGAGACCCAGGGAUUUCCAGAGUCACCGCUGCCGUUAUUCCUGCUGUCAGUGCUGCUGUUGCCGCUGCCGCUGUAGCCGACAGUGCCGUGACUCGUUUCUCGUCGUCUAAUAACGCGGACGGGGAUGACCUGUUUCGGUGGAACCGCAUCCAUAGAGGGAGCACUGGGCCCGGGGGACGCGGAAGCGGAUCCAGUGGGCCCAAGACACGUGGCGAGGUGCUGGCAGCCAUGGUGGGCGUUCAGAUGCCACGUCAGCAAGGGGUACGAAGCAUGGCGCCGGAUAUGGAGGGGCGGAUAACGGCCGCAGCAGCAGCUGCAGGGGGAGUGAGAAGCGGACGGGCUGGUGUGUCCCCGAUACAGUCACCUUCGAAAGGAGCAGCUAUUAAAAGUGCAGUGAGAGGAGAUAUAGGUGCAGAAGCAGGAGGAGGAGGAGCGAGGAGCGCGAGAUCAGCAACAGGCUUGGCAGCAGCAGCAGCGGCGGCAAAGGCGGAGGCUGACGAUCUUCCACCACAGUUCCUGGAAAUCGCGCAGCUGUUCGACGCGCUGGAGCUGAGUUGCCGCCUGCUGCGCGCGAGGAAGCUUCUGUGCUCCUUCCAGGCGAUUAAAGAUGCGGUCCAGGACGUGACUAAGAGGCGCUUCACUCAGCGGCACCUGGCGCAGAUGCUCAGGGCGUCUGCCCGCCAGGCGGUGCUUGGCGUUCCGCUGCUCAGAGUGGAAUCCGUUCUUCUGCCGGAAAAAAACUCCUCUCCUGUGAAGUUCUCAGGGGCUGCGGGCAGGGCGGCAAGGUUUGGACGUAGCGUGUGGGAUCUGAAGAUAAUAUUGGAGAGUGAAGGGGAGGGGAAGGGGGACGAUGGUGAAAGUGAUUUGUCUGCAGCUGCGGAUAAUGGUUCAGGGGGCGUUGGAGGGAUAGCAGGAGGUGAAUUGGCAUCAGGCAUUGCAGGAGGGACAGGCAUGGCAGCAGGCAUGGCAGGAGGCAUGGCAGGAGGCAUGGCAAUAGGCACAGGCAUGGUAGGAGGGAGGGUGAGGAGCGAGGAGGGCGACAUGCUGUGGCGGAAAAGAGAGUUCCGGGCAAGGCUGGGGAGACUGGCUCGUGCCAUGGGGGCAGUGGGAACGGACAAGGAUGUGACUGCAGCAGAUGUGACUAUACCGGAGGAGACUCUGCCAGACCCACUCUCUCCCUCCCCAGCAUCAGCUUUAGAGUCUCGUGCAUCUGUUAAUGCUCAUGCCACUCACUCUAGUCACACUCAUUACAGUCACACUCGCUCUACUCACCCUGUCAGUCGCAGGAGUCUAUUUCCUGACGCAUCCACCAACCCUACCUUUGCCGAAGCGGGUCUAGGCUCGGCGCCAACAGCUGCACCCUUUGCCAGGCCUGUUUUGCAGUCCCGGCCAAUUUCCCCAACCCAUCGCCAUCGGCCUGCUUCGGCAGAUAGGGUCGGCAGGAAUCCGAACCCAGACUUGGGCGCUCGUGUGAGGGUGGACCUCACUCCGUCGUUGGAUCGCUUGGCUCGCCGGACCAACGUGGGAGGUUUGGCAGGAGCAGCUGAAGAUGGGUCCGAGCAGGCUAGGGCAGCACGGCAGCUGCUGUUUGGAGGAACGGCGGAGGUUGCUAGGGUUAGUGGUGGGGCUUCAGGUGCUGCUGGUGCUGCUGGUGCUGCUGGUGCUGCUGGUGCUGCUGGUGUUGCUGAAAUAGCCAGAAAAGGAGUUGAGGAGGGAGAGGAAGAGGUGUGGGGUGGUGAUGUGGUAGGGGAGCUGGAGCCGCUGCAGCAGCAGGGAGUGGGGGAAGGUGGAGAACAAGUUGGAGCGGUUGGGAGGGGUGGAGGAGACAGCGAUGGGGAGGGUGGGGGAAGUGACUCAGAGAUCCUGUCUCGCCUGCCGCAAGGGCUCGUACACUCGGUUCGAAAGCGUGAGGAGCAGCAGCGUGCUGAGGCUACGGACGAGGCGCGGCAGGCGCGGCGGCGGCGGCUGCUGCUGGCGGAGCUGCCUCUCCUAACCGACAUGGUAGUCGCUCUCUUUGCCAGCUGUCGCGCUGCCGUGCUGCCACAUAGGGACCUUGUGGUCCGGCUGGUGGCCAAUCACAGCAAGCAGACCAACCAAGAGGAGAUUGAGGAACAGUUGAAGAUUCUAGAGGAGAUAGCGCCAGAUUGGUUGUGCGCUAAGAUGUCCCUUCGAGGGGAGAAACUGUAUCGAUUGUCCAAGGUGGUGAUGGCCGCACACGUGAAGGCGCGGGUGAAGGAUGAACAGAAGCUUGAUCCAGAGCAGCACCAGCACGCACCAUCACGCUGUUCUAUGCAUGGUGCUUCCGAGGUUAGAAGGAGCUUGUUUUAG